AUGUUCAAAGGAUGGACUAACUUUGAUAGCGGCCAUUGGGCUGGUGUCGCACUGGACAAAGCUCAAGGCGAUAAUUCUGGAACUUGCAACGGGGUGAAGUAUUUUGCGUGUCCUCCGCACUGUGGUGUUUUUGUCAGACCUGAGGAGGUUUCACACCUGUUGGUGGCUGAUGAAAAUGGUCCCAAUUACCUUGGUGAUGAAGACUCCGAUUCCUAUGAUGAUGAAUGUUUCAAAGGAGACCGCACAUACCCUGAAGAUGAUGAGCAGGGAGGAGGGUUUGCAGAGCCGAAAGCAGAGGACACGAACGGUGCAGGAGGAUCAGAAGUGAAAGAAAACCAGUCUAGGUUACACACCACCUCACUGGCUGGGAAAGGGCAAAAGGUUCCAUAUUCUGACCAGUAUUCUGGCACCCAGAUAUAUUGGCCUGCUCAGUCAGUGGCAAGACUUCAAUAUCAAGACUACUCCCCUUCAAGCACCUGGGAAGAACAGAGACAGAAAACCCCUCAGAUGGGACGUGACGCGACCAUGUAACUUAUGGCUGUGGAUAUGGAUGCAAAAGAAAUGUGCCUGAACCAUUUCAGAUAUUAACGGUGAAGAAAAGAGAGAAUGAGCAAAAGAAAGGGCAAAGGUGUAGAAUCUGUCACUCCAUUCUCGAGGAGAGGAUUUUUACUGUAUAUAAGAUUCCCAUGCUUGUACUGUCCGAAUUACGGGCAAGAAACAACACUUGAUUCUAACUUCUGAAUUUACACAAGUGGGCCUGGAGUUUGGACCCAUUUGUUUCCUACUUGUUCUCAAAGGAUUAAAAGAAGUGUUUGUGAGUAACCAAAGCAAGAAUUAUCUUUUUGGGGACCUUAGUCUCUGUGUUUUAAGCUCCUUUGAAGUCGUCCUCUAGGGACAUUUUCUCUGCUGGUUUUCUGUCUCUGUUAAUGUAAUGGAAAUUCUUGAGCUGGUAUUUAGAAAUGAAAUGUGACUUUCAUGCUGUGGCUACAGCUUAAAAAGGUUCUAAAAUCCAUUACUAGUGCAUAACCAAUCUGAAUUAAAAGGGGAGCGUUUCUAACACGCUCUUCAGCGCUCCGUGCCCGACGUGCAGCCUUUCAGCACAUCUUCGGCUUUGAGGAGAAAUGGCUCUUUCCUGUCGAGCGGUGUGCUUUGGGAUGAAACAGUCCCCGAUCAAAAGGUCAUGUCAUCUUAAUCUCAUCUCAGUGAAAAGAUUUGUGGAGUUGAAACUUCUGUUUUAUAGCAAAUUGCCUCUUCAAACCAGCCAUCAAGCUAUUGCUACUGUUUCAACCUUGUUUUACUUUUUUCCUUACUCCCGGGCGGGAAACACAGCAGCAAAGGGUUUAUUUGUGGUGUGUCCCUGUCGCCAAGAUUUGGAAAUGUAUAGGCGAUGAAGAGGGAAGGGAUGGAGCGAGGAGGGGAGGAUGGCAGACAUGGUGGCAGGUGGUUCGUGCGGGGCAGCUGACAACUGGUGUGUCCCCACUAGGGGCAAGGCCACGGCGCAGGGGUUGAACUGGGGAACAGCCGGAAACAGGGGCCAGGCUGCCAAAGCUCGG